GGUGAUUUCCUUUAAUUUAUCUUGUAACCCACCUUGUCCAUUUGUCCUGUAACAAGAAUUAAGAUCACUCCACCCAUUGUUGACCAUUAACCACCCAUAAAACUUGCCACCAAACAACAACUCAACAUCAUUUCUUGAAUAUUGUUCAUGGAUUCCAAUAACAAUACAAGAUCAGGGAAACUAGUAGACUUGUAUCAACGCUUUCGGCAAUCAAAAUCUGUUUCCCCUCUUCCAGAUGCUGCUGAAUCGAACCAAUCUGAAACAUUCAAAAGACCCAACCGAGCUGCAGUUCUUAUAUGUCUAUUCGAGGAAGGAAAUGACGUACAUGUUAUUCUAACCAAACGAUCAUCCAAAUUAUCGUCUUACUCCGGAGAAGUGUCUUUGCCGGGAGGUAGAAGGGACGAAGAGGAUAGGGAUGAUAUUGAAACUGCGUUGAGGGAGGCUAAGGAGGAGAUUGGUUUGGAUCCUGGUCUUGUAGAUGUGGUUACUGUUCUUGAACCUUUUAUAACUAAGGGCAAUGUUACAGUAGUUCCAGUGAUUGGUAUACUAUGGGAUAAGCAAUCAUUCAAUCCAGUUCCAAAUGCUGAAGAAGUAGAAUCGAUAUUCUAUGCUCCUUUAGAGAUGUUUCUCAAGAACAAAAACAGGCGACAGGAGGAGAAAGAAUUUCAAGGAGACAAAUACGUGCUUCACUAUUUUGAUCACGAAACAAAUAACAAGGUGUAUGUGAUAUGGGCUCUAACGGCUGGGAUCUUGAUUGCAGCCGCUUCACUCAUUUACAAGCGACAACCGGAUUUUCAACCAAGGAUGCCUAAAUUCUGGAACAAAAACUACAGCAGAUCCUGAAAGAGACGAUGAUCAUUGUACUCGAUGUACUGAAAGAGUCAAUGAUCCUGCAGUGGGACGAGAUUGUAACUUUAGGAUUCAAUUGUAAGUUUCUCUCUUUUAUCUUUUUUCUAAUGAAAUUGACAUGAAGUAUGUGUUGAAGCUACUCUUCAAUGUGGAAAUAAGAAAAGUAAACAUUUCAUCA